AUGCCUGAUUCUUUGAGCAAUCCUGAGACUUCUCUCAACUCUUUCUUUACCACCCUAUACCCUAAUCUGUCAGACGAAAACCUACCUUCCACAUAUUCUCCAUUAGAACAUUCCCCAAGUACUCCAAUAUCAGACCCUGCGGUUAAUACAGCCCGAGACAAUUUCCUAACAAAUUGGAAGGCAUCAGUAGAAAUCGAAUCUUCGUACUUAACCGAAAUAAGUAGACCCCACCACACAUCAUCCGUACGCAAGCUAAUUUUACAGUUGGAAGAAGAGAAAAAGAAAACACACAAGGCUACUAAUAACAUUUUAAAUCAAUACGUCUAUAUUAUCGUUAGGGACAAACUUGAAUCCACAGUAACUCCAGACACCAUAAGAGAAACCACUAGAAAAUUAAGAAACUACAUAGUCUUCUUGAAAGGAGACAGUAACAGUGUAAACCCCCUGGUGCAACAAUUACAAAUCGUUCACGGAAAACAGCGCGAAUUCAACACAGAAUUAAUUACGGUACUGACCAAAGAAGCCCUCUUACAACAAGCAGGACUCCGAAAAACCCAUACUGAAUUAAUUAAAGAAAAAGAGAAAGUAGAUAAAAAGUGGAAAGCCGCUGAAGAAAAACUUAAAGAGCAACGAGAGGAUAUCAAUAAAUUAGACCAACUUAAAAAAGAUAACGUAACUAAUUUAAAACUUUUAGACGAUUCCCAAAAUCACGUAGAGACGUUACAACAGCAACUUAGAGAAGCGGAAAAUUAUAACGCCGACGGCAAUCAAAUAGUAAAAGACCUCGAGGAAAAAUUAAAAAUAUUAGUAUUAGAAAGCACGACUGCAAAAGAUAACGAAUCUCAACUUAAGAAAGCAUUAGAUAUAAAAGAGAAACACAUUUCUUUAGUAGAAGCAAAUAGCUUAGAAGCAAAUAAUACACUCGAAUCCGAAAAGGAAGAGUUAAGAAACAAUUUGACUGCAGGUCAAAAACAGAUAGAAACCCUCAACAGUCAAAUCACCGCACUCAAACUUGAAAACGAAUUAGGAAAACCACUAAUUAUUCAGAUUACGCAAACAAAAGAUAAAACCCAUAGUAACUACGUUACCGCCACAUCAAAAAUUAGAAAAUACGAAGAAGAAAUAUUAGACCUAAAGGACGAUAAAAAGCAUCUAGAAAAUAGGAUAUCCAAUCUCGAAGAACGCAAUAAGGAUUUAAAAGACAGGGAAAAAGCUUAUCACGAGGCCGAAGAUCAGUACGAAAGAAAUUUUCAGGAGAUCGUAGAAAAAACCUUCGAAACAACAAAAUUUAUAGACGAAUUACAAAGUUUCACAGGACGAGACUCAGUAGAUAAAUCAUUAUUCGCCGAACUCGAUACAGAGAAAGCAGACAUAAUUAAGAAUCUACAAGAAAUCAUAGAUAACCUUACAGCACAAAAUAAUAGCCAGGCGACAGCAAUCUUUAAACUGCAGAAACGUAACACGAUACUAAAAAAGAACCGCAGAGUCAGUAUUUCAAACAUGGGAGCAGGUGCAGGAGCAAGUCAAAAUGGAGACGAUGAUGCAAACAAAACAACACCUACACCCCCACAGGAUACCACUAUAUUAGAUAAUGUAACAAAACCUAUAGUAAAAGUAUUAGGCGAACUCUUCUCACGAGAAGACAAAAAAUCAAUUCCAACUUUUAAAGGAAAAAGUACCGACAAAUUAAUCACCGAAUGGUUAAAAACAGCAGAACACGUAGCGAGAAAUAAUGACUGGGACGACGACCAAAAGAUACGUUUCUUUUCAGAUCGUCUAAAAGGAGAGGCUUUAGAAUGGCACGAUAAUUAUGCGGAAGAGCAAGGCGACCUAAUUAAUUAUAUCGAUUGGAAAUGCGAAAUAAUCGAAAGAUUUCAAGAUUCAUACGACCUAGCAGCCCUUAGAAAGAAAUUCAAUAGAAUGAAGCAGAAACCUGAAGAGAAUUGUAGGACAUUUGUUUCCAGGCUAACUAGCCUUUACGACAGCUUAGAAGGAAAAUUAGAUAAACUGGAUGAGAAGAACAAAACAGAGGUAGAAGAUGCACUCCUCAGUACAGUUAAGAAAAUGCGAGACAAUAUUAAAAUCAAAACUUUACUCCAAGGAAUAUUGCCCAAAGUAAAAGCCGAAUUGUAUUUGCGAAUGCCAGAAGAUUUUAAUGAUUUUGACCAGUUAUGUAAACAAUUAUUUAUUUCGGAACAAAUUUUACAAAAUAAAGAAACUAACGAGGAUAAAGAAAUAACGGCAGUUAUCGCUGGUAUUACGCAUCACGAAAAACAACAGGACGACGAAAUAACACAACAAAAAUUGGAUCUCGAAAUAAUUAAGAAAGAAUUGACAGAGUUAGGAAAUAUAACUAAAAGACGACAAUCCUCACAAGAAAAUAUUGCCACUAUUGGCGCAGUGGACCACUACGGUGCUAGACGAGCAGAAUCCGCGGAACGACGUCCGAGACAGGGUGACUCUCAAGUACACUUCAAUAGACCCCCACAGGGAAACCAAGAAAAUCAAAAUCAAGAAUAUACCCGAGAUAGAGAAAAAAACUACUACCGUAGCAGGGAACAGAGUCCAGCCGGCUCGGGAAGAUACGAACAGAGAUACCAAGAUAACAGCUACAUUGACCCCCGCAGACCUAAUAAUUAUAACCCGAGAUUCAAUCGACCAAACCCUAAUUACGGCAACCAACGAAAUAGGUACAACAACGCACCACAACCCUGGCCCACAGUACAAAACAAUAACGCAUAUAAUAAUAGAUCAGCACCCCCUAACCAGCAAUCAGCCCCGAGGGAUAUUGUGUGCUAUAACUGUAAUAAAAGAGGGCAUAUCGCUCGAGAAUGUUGGACGGAUAUGGCUCGUGUCAACGACCCGUCACGUCACAAUUAG